AUGCUUACAUUCUACUUUCUGCAAACCUCCCGGGCAUUUCGGAUUGCUUGGUUGCUUGAGGAACUGAAUGUCGAAUAUGAUUUGAAGUCCGCUGAGCGCAAUCCCGACCUCUCCGUCCCAACUUCCUUAAAGGUGCCCACUUCAUUGGGAAAAUCACCGGCCAUUCGAGAUGGUAAUCUAGUAGUUGGGGAAUCUGGAGCAAUUACCGAAUACCUCGUUGAAACAUACGAUACUGAGCGUCGACUGAUGCCUCUCGAUCUGGGUAAAAGAGUCAAAGUAAGAGAAUACAUGUGGGCAGCUGAGGGAACUUUCUUGAUGCAUGGCCUUGCGAUCUGGGCUCUCCGACCUGCCUGCCCAGAAUCGGUCAAAGAGGAUGGACUGGAUGAAAUCGAAGCAAAGCUCGCGGUUCCCGUUCAAAGGGACUUCGACUGGCUUGAAAAUGAGCUUGCCAAUAGUGGAGGACCGUUCCUUUUGGGUAACGAUGUCACGGCUGCCGAUACUAUGUUGGCAUUCUCCUGCCAAUUCAUUAUUGCAAGUAACUUGGGCCUGGGGAAAAAGUCAUGGCCCCACAUCAAUAAAUGGCUUGAGAAUGUCGAAAAGCGAGAUGCUUACCAGAGGGCGAUAAAAAGAACUGGUCAUCAUCUUUGA